AUGUCGAAUAGCCAGUUGAGCGUGGCGCGGACGGCGAACUUGAACGAACAAGAUGAGCCUGGCUCGACUCUACCUCCGACAUGCUACAAUCGGAUUUAUUAUUCUAUCAUGGAUCUACACGCCACUCGUUCAUGCAAAGAAAACAAAAAGAUACACUUGUCCCAUUGGAUAUUCCAUCGCGUACACAAGAGAAAAAGGCCAGCCUAUUUGCUAUAG